AUGGCAUGUAGGAGCGGUUGCUGCUGCGGCUCCAGUCCAAUAAACGAGGAUAACGCGAGGUUCCUUCUACUGGCAUUGUUCAUCAUCAUCUAUCUCUUUUGUGGGGCCGCGGUUUUCUCCGCACUGGAGCAGCCAAAGGAGCGAGAGGCGAAGGAGCGCUGGGCGCAGAGGUUCGAGCAUUUCAGCCAGAAGUACAACCUGAGUAAGAAGGACCUGAAUAACUUCCUCAGGAACUACGAGGAGGCGAACGUAGCCGGUAUCCGUGUGGACACAAUCAGACCUCGAUGGGACUUCACCGGCGCUUUUUACUUCGUGGGAACUGUGGUAUCAACCAUUGGGUUUGGGAUGACCACUCCUGCCACCAUUGGAGGAAAAGUCUUCUUGAUGUUCUACGGCCUCCUUGGCUGCGCAGCCACAAUCCUCUUCUUCAACCUCUUUCUGGAGCGUGUCAUCACCGUCAUCGCCGUUGUCCUCAAGUCCUGUCAUGAACGACGCCAUAACAAGGUUGUGCUUCCACAAAAUGGCCGGCAGGUCUCUGAAGGGAACAGAGCAGGUGGUGCGGCUGGAGGUGGAGGAGGAAAAGGGGAGGAUCUGGCUGGCUGGAAGCCCUCAGUCUACUGUGUCAUGCUCAUUCUGGGAGCAGCAGCCAUCUUGGUGUCCUGCUGCGCUUCGCUGAUGUAUUCGGCAGCCGAGGGCUGGGGCUACCUAGACUCGCUCUACUUCUGUUUUGUGGCCUUCAGCACCAUUGGUUUUGGAGACAUGGUGAGCAGCCAGCGAGUUGUCUACGAGGGCCACGCAACAGCUGCGUACCGGCUGGGCAACUUCCUCUUCAUCCUGACUGGCGUCUGUUGCAUCUACUCUCUCUUCAAUGUCAUCUCCAUCGUCAUCAAGCAGGUUCUCAACUGGUUGCUUAGGAGGUUGGAAGCCCCCUGCCGUUGCUGUUUCCCCAGAAGGGGUCACCACCCGCACCGGCACCCCCGACGAAACGUGGUGGCCCCGGGUCACCUGCGUACCCGCAGAGACCCCUCCAUUGAGACAGACGCCAUCAACGAGAGUGAGACUGACACGGGCCGCAGGAUGUCCGGGGAGAUGAUCUCCAUGAGGGACUUCUUAGCAGCCAAUAAGGUGAAUCUGGCUAUUAUGCAGAAACAGCUAUCGGAGAUGGCCAUCGGGCACCCGCGCCAGUCCAGCUCCAGUUCACGUCAGAAUGGAUUCUCAGGAGGGGUGGGCGCCCUUGGCAUCAUGAACAACCGGCUGGCAGAAACUAGUGUGGACAGAUAG